UGUUUAUAAUUAAGGCUCAUCCUGUUCAUCAAUAAUUUAUGCCUACGAUAUAGUCCUCUGUAGUCCUUUGUUUUUGCAACUUUGUCAUUUCAGACACUAACCUUCUCGACUGCAGCUGUAGUGGCAUGGUUGCAUUAGGACUCGGCUCUUCAGUUUACAUUUGGAAUUCAGAAACUCGUGGUCUGGUUGGACAUCUGGACCUGAGUCCACAAUCAGGAUGCCGAUAUCGUCAGUCGGUCUCGUCUCUGUGCUGGAGCACAGAUGGAAGAGCCCUCAGUAUCGCGACUAGACGAGGGGAGAUACAGUUGUGGGAUGUCGAACACAAGCAGAACAUGAGGUUUCUGCUGUCACACCUGGCUGUGGUGAGAGCGCUUUCUUGGAAACAGCAGUUACUUAGCAGUGGAUCUGUUCUUGGACAUAUCUGUCACCUUGACCCACGGGCUUUCACACCUCUGGUAGGUGCAACCACCCAGAGGGAGGGGGUCUGCAGUCUGCAGUGGUCACCAGGAGGCAAAUGGCUGGCCAGCGGCUCCACAGAAGGCCUUCUCCAUAUCUGGGAUGAUGACAUCAUGGGAAAAAAAAUGUCAAGUCAGCCAAUAAUGACAGUGAAGCAGCCCAGUGCUGUGAAGGCAAUGGGGUGGUGCCCAUGGCAGGGAAACAUUAUUGCUACAGGAGGGGGAUGGAAAGAUGGUGAGCUGAGAAUCUGGGACACACAAUCAGCAUCUUGUGUUACUUCUGUGCAAACAAAUUCACAGAUCUGUUCUCUACAAUGGGCUGAAAAGAAGAGAUAUCUGGUUACAGGUCAUGGCCUACCUCAUCACAAAGUCACAUCUUGGGUGUGGGAGUUUCACUCUCUCAGCCCCAUUUACCAGUUCACAGGUCACUCUGAUCGAGUCCUUCACUUGGCCUUAAACCCUGACAAUUCUCAGAUUUUCUCCACCGGUGCGGACCAGCGCUUUCACAUCUGGGAUUUGUAGUAACCAGCGUCAUGGAACCGUGACAUUCAUAUUGAUAAUAAAGUUCUUUAGCAUCUGGUUAGAAAUAGGUAUACAAUUGAUUACCACACAAGUGCACAUUGCUGCUUUCUUGGCAAUUGUGUCAUAGAGACCACACAUUUCCCUCCCAUGAUGUCAACCACAAUUCGAAGCCAGUUUACCACCAGCUCACACCUUUUGUCAUGCAUCGUGCAUGCCGGUAGCACAGGUUUCCUGUUUUAAUGGCUAGACGACAUGAAUCUUUUGUAUAGUUAUGAUAUGACAGAUAUGCCAUACUGACUACUAUCAUAUGAAAGGUAACAAAAGACAGACAUGGGACAU